GGGGGGGGGGUCCUCUCUCUCCCCCAUAGAGCGCAGCAUGAGCGCUCCGCAGCAAAAGGAUGUGUGAGCAGGCAGCGCGUUACUGUAGGGACGGAGUCCACAAACUGCUCAACAAAGAACAAGCCAAACUCCGCGCGCAGGAGAGCCGCGAGCAGCCCAAGCCCCCAGCCGGUCAGGACAGCGAGUCCGCGACGGCAGCGCAGUCCGGAAACAGCGGCGCCCAGCCCGGUGGAAUCGACGGGCUCGUCCGCUGGAUCGUCACCAAAAUGAGCGACAACAAGAACAUCUCCAGCCGGGAGUACGCCUCCAGCAAAGAGGAGGUGGCCGUGGCCCAGGAGCAGUUCUUCGCCCCGGAGCCGCGGAGAGGCAUCUCGGUCAUCCUGGAUAUAUUCAGAAGAGCCGACAAAGAUGAUGAUGGAAAACUGUCUCUGGAUGAGUUUCAGGCCUUCUUCUCUGAUGGCACGCUGAACGAGGAGGAGCUGGAGAAGCUGUUUCACACCAUCGACUCUGAUAACACCAGUAAUGUAGACACUAAGGAACUCUGUGACUACUUUGCCAAGCACAUGGGAGACUAUGAAGGAGUUCUGGCCUCAUUGGAAACACUCAACCUUUCCAUCCUCAAAGCCAUGGACUUCACCAAAAAGGUAUACGAAAGAGGAACCAAUGUGGAGCAAUUUGUGACACGUUUUCUUCUCAAGGAGUCAGCCAAUCAGAUCCAGUCCCUCCUGAACUCUGUGGAAAGUGCAGUGGAUGCGAUUGACGAGCAGCACAGCCAGUCGGGCCAUCAACCUGCUAAAGUGAGUCCACGGGUGACAGAGAAACGCAACCAGAACACCGUCCCUGACUACCCCCCCAACAACAGAGUGAACGCCAGAGAGGCUGUCAGGACCAUCAACACUGCUGCAGGAGCCGUGGAGGUGAGGAAAGAAGGUCUGGAGGCUCAAAUCAAUCGCCUGGCAGAAUUGAUCGGACGUCUGGAAAACAAGACGGUCUGGUUUGAUCUUCACCAGAGGCUAACAGAUACAGAUGGCACCGCCAGCGCUUCUCUGCUGCUGAUCCGUCAGGAGAUGGUGGUGUCCCAGAAGAAGCUUGGCGAGUUCUGCGAGGCCCUGAAGCAGUACCUGAAGAACGUUUCUGCUCAGAGAGACUGCUUCCAUGUGACUGCAGUGCGCCUGCCGGACGGUUUGUCCUUCGUCGUUUACGAAUUCUGGGAUGGAGAGGAGGAGUGGAAGAGACAUCUUCAGUCGGCUCCCAACAAAGCCUUUCAGCACGUGAAGGUGGACACGCUGUGCCAGCCGGAGGCCGUGUCCUCUGUAGCCGUGCCAGCCGCCUGGUGCAGCGUGAACAGAGACUGAAGCAUGAAGACUCAACUACACGCCAAGACUCCUGGACACUCCUCAUUCUUCUCGACUCCCCUUCACACACACCCCAAAACAGUCCCUCCUCCUUUAUCCCUCACACCCCCUUGACUCUUUUGUAAGUACAUGUUUACAUAGUGCAAAAAUGAAUGGUGUUAACUGCAGUGAAAAAUGGAAGAAAAUGGUGCAUUGCAAAAAAAAAUAGAUAAAAAAAUAACGUUUGCUAGUUUAGGAUUUCAUGUUUCGAGUAGCUUUGAGUCACCUGGAAGGAGGAGUUUGUCAUGUAGCAGGGACCCCGAGGAGGAGGUGUUAAUGUAGCAGUCACUAUUUAGGAGGAAGUCACACUGCAGAUGAUGCACUUCACAGAUGACCACAUUACUCCCACAUCAGUCCUAAAUAAAAAACAUUUUUCCUUUGGUUGAUUAAUAAAGAACGUAUAUGCCUCCAGGUUAAACAGAUAAUCAAUGAAGUAACUGUGAUAGUUAUGCAAAAGUUUUUGACAUCUAACCCAGAAGUUUGAGGGUGUCCAUGAAUCUUCCUUUAAUGAGGACUUCUUGAUGUAACAAACCUCUGCACAGGUUUAGAUGACUGUCAUUUUUACUAUGGAAAUGUGGGAAAUGUAAAAGCUAUAAAUGAACCAAAAUGUGCAAAACUAGAAAGCUUUCAAUCAAAGUUACAAUUAACUUACAAUUACCUGCUCUUUUAUUACCUUUGCUGUUCAGGAAAACUCAUGAGGACCACAAUGCAACACAGGAGGAUUGAAGUUUGAGUUUUUACUAGGGGCUGUCAACGUUAACGCGCGUGAUUAAUAAAAAAAAACGCCUUAAUAUUUAGUAAGGCUAUUCAAUUACACUCCGCUGGUUCAGGCUUCCACGACGUGCAUUCAUUUCUGUUAAUGCAGACUUCAUCGGACACUAUCCUGCUUAUAACAUGGUCACUUACAAAAUAAAAAUUCAAUCAAUUUUCAGUACUUGAUUCUUGUUCUUUUUCACUAAAAGCAGACUAUUUGAUCUGUGGUCUGUCGUGUUGUCGACUGCAGCAGCAAAAGAAAGCGAUCGUCACGAUGGGUUAAAUAAAGCAUCAGUUCAGAGAGAAAAUUCCCCCAUUACCGCUUGUUUUGUCCAGAAGAUUAAGGAAAAAUUUGUUUAGAAGAAGUCUGCAUAUAUAGAACAUUGUGACCAGAACUUCUUUUUUAGCCGUGCAUUCACACCUAGCAGCCAAUCAGAAUCGAGUUUUCACCCGGACUUUUUAAAGUGCAGAAAUGCAAUGUUUGUUUCUAAUGCUAUAUGUCAGCAUCUUUGUUUUCUUGGGGUAAUAAUGCAUUUAAGCAUUUCAGACAGUAAAAACUAAGGGAAAAUUUUCUCUCUGCUCUGUUUUUGUACAAAAAGCGCAUAUUGUCAUCUAAAAAAAAAACAACUUGUGAUUAAUGUGAUUAUUUUAAUCAAUUGACAGCACCAGUUUUUACAUCAAACACGCCUUUGUGGUUCUUAUCAGAGCUCAGAAAGUUGAUUUGGUUUCCAAACAUUAGCCUUGAGUUUUAACAGAAAAAAAAUCUUUUGAUCCGAGUAAUUUAUAAUUUGACGGAAAAAAAAUCCCAUCAGGCACAGCGACCAUUAAGGGAUUUUUUUUUUUUUUUACGGAAAUUUUGACAAAUUUACAGUUAACACACAAUGCAGCCUGACCUUGUUUGCUGGCAGGCCGCUCCCACUCACUGCUGAUUGGCUGUAUUGAUUGAGUGAAUCCAUCUCCAGGUAGUGAGCUAUAGCAAAGGUGGAGAAGCCCUCAGUUAAAGGAAGUAUGGUCCCACUUCUAAAACGUUAUCAAACUUUUCGUCCAGCUGUUGAGUUUGUGCAUUCUGUUGAUUUACAAUAACUGCUGUGGGAGUAAUGUGUGCAAUAGUUAGAUGGCAACACUUAAAAAAAAAUUAAAACUUUUGAGGCAUGAGAAUCAAAUCUCUGAAUGAAGGUUUACCGAGAAUCCUCAAUGCUGUCCAUGCAGCUACACUUUAAUCUUCUGUUUAUCUGUCGAUGGUUAGCUUACGUUGGCCGUGUAAGACGAGGAAAGGCUGUACAUACAAUGAAAAUGUUGAUUUACUAUUUGUAUUUAUGGACAUGUUUUAGUGAUAGACGUUUUUCCUCAGUGAAAGUAGCUUUACAGGUGCUGGGGCUUCUCUUGAAUCACAUAAAUAAAUACUAAUAAAAGCCGAUUAAUUCACCAGAACUACAAAUAUAAUGCCUUAAAAAUCUAAAACGUAGAAGGAAAAGAAGAUGAGAAUGGUUAGGUAGCAUAAAGUUCUAAUAUUUAGUAUUAAAUUGAACAUUUUCAAAGUGGAAGCACUGAAGUUUCCACAUAUGUGUGUCUUUUGUUAAGAAACAUCACAAAAGUAAUGCAUGUUGUUAAAUUUGUGGAAGAGUUUAAAUCUUUUUUUGAAUAAUUUUAAACUUUAACUAAAGUUAAAGUUUACUUAUUUAGAUGGUGUUAAAAUGCCUCAAGGGGAGUAUAUUAGGGCAUGCCCAAAUUUGUUAUGGCUAUUAUAAACAACACUGAUAAAUAGUUUUACUGACUUUUUUUUUUAACGGGACUGAAGUUACAGAUUUUCCUGAUCCCAGAAAUCAGAGACUCCAAGAGAGAAAGACGGGUACAGCUCAUUGAAGUUGACUUGUGCAUGAAAACACACAUAUGUGGAAGCUGAAGUUUAGGAAAAACACUCAACCACGUUUAGUUUGAUUGCAAAGACAUUUAAAUGUUAGUGCCUGACCUUUAAAACUGUCAUAACUCGCAGAGCAUCAUCGGAAUUUCAUUAGCGUAGCUACUUGUUGACAUUUUAGAGGCCAAAAAACGAUGAAGAGAUGCCACUUCACCUCACAGAGAGCCAAUCUGAUUACAACAAGAGCACAAUGUAAAAAAAGUGAGAAUUGUGACUUUGAAAAUGAUUUGGAGAUUAAUGGGUUGUCCGUUUGAAUCAAUAGUGCUUUACUUUCAGCUUUCUUCACUGUUGGGUCUACUUUCCCAUCGAUAGCCUGUGUGUGUGUGAUUGUGGUGGCAGAAGGUGGAUCCAGCUACAGUGGUUCUGAUCCAGCACCAGUGACGGGGUGAGGAGGACUGGGCUGCACUGGGCUGGUCUGCGACAGGUGAAGGUCCAAACAUGUCUAACAAUAGGCUUGAAAAACGUGAAAAUAACCUGAGUUUGUGUUAAAGAUGCCAUGUGGAGAUUUUUCAUUUGACUGCCUGUGGUUCACUCAGCAGGUAUAAGAGACACCAAUUGGGUCAGAUUUUCCAUUAUUGUUCCCCCAGUUGAUAUCCAACUUCCACUUUUUGUUAGAUGCUAGCAGCAAAAUUUUAUCCCAUUCAUGCCAAUCUGUAUUUCUAUCUAUGGACAAGAUUUUUACCUCAGCAACACAAAUGUUUUGAUUUGCUUCUUGGGUGUACAAAUAUUUGUUGUUUUUUUUUUUUCAACUAUAAGAAUAAAAUUUACUUGUCUUUUUGCUUUCAUGUAGAUGCAAAUUUUUAGGGCUGAGUGUCACCAGUAGUUUCUAGAAUGGAUUUGAUUCAUUAUUUUUUUUAUUCAUUUUUCCACAGUUUUACACAUGCAGAUGUCAUAUUUAUAUAAAAUGAUUUUUUUGGCAGAAAAGGAAAUGUAUCAAUUAUUUGCUUGCUGCACGUGUCAAAGUCAAGGGGAAUAAUAUUUAUUAUUUAUUUAUUCAUAUAUAAUAUAGUCAGUUUUUAUUCAUAUUUAUGCUAAAAAAAAAGUUAAUUUUUAAAAGUUAACAAUUUCGUUUUUUAUGUGUCUAUAAAUGUUUGUCUGUUUGUAUUUUGGAUGUGUGAUAGAGUUUGACACCCCUGGUUUACUAAACUCAAAUCGAUUUGAUUCUUUAAAUCCAGCCCUGUUAAUUUAAGAUAAUUUUGGAGUCAAAGGGCUUCGAUGCACGUUGGCAUUAAGGUGUUAAGCAAUUUAAUAAAAAAAAAAACAUUUUACAAGGAGCCUCAAAGAAUUUAAGAAAAGCAUCAAAAAAGUAAAAAAAAAAAGAUUUGUUUGUGUCUUCACUUUAAAUCAUUCUAAAAAAAGGCCAAAUAAUGUUAUUUUUGUUUUAUAAUUACCGCCAGUGCAAAUGCAAAAAAGGAAACCACUUUAACAUUUUAAAUAAAAAACAGUUUCCUUAUUUUACAAUCAAAUGAAAACAAAAAACUACAAAUAGACGUUUUAAUUCCCCUUUUGCUCCUCGGAUUGUUUGCCUUACUAACGUUGCACUGCAAAAAUCUCCACAUGGUGAAAAUAAGACAUUUUUUGAAGGACCUGUUGCUGUAUUCUCAAUAAACCCAAGCCAUACUGCAUGGAUCUGCUUAUUAGCUCUGAAAGCCAUAGCUCGCCGAGUCCGGCCGAGUGCAGCCCCGCCCCUCAUGUAAGCGGCGCCCCGAGUGGCCAGCUUGUCUAAAUGACAACGUGACUAAACUGUUAGAAAUGCCAAUACUGUUACCUGCUGAUACAUUCCUCAGACUGUGUUCUUUUCUGCCCCCCCUCCCUCCACACACAAAGCUGCAUGUUUCCUGGAGCAGCAGCAGGACACAUGAUGGCGCCCCCUAUUGAGGGGAAGCUGUUCAUAAAGCCAGUCAGGAAUUUGCCAAACUGACUGCCAUUAAUACCAUUAGUAUCUACCCCCCACCUCCCACUCUUCCUGUGGCUGUGUUAUUUUCUAUCCUUUGACUGAGUGCAUGUCAAAUGAAUGUCCAGUAACAACUUUGCUGUAGUUUUAGGCCAUGCUACUCUUUAAUGCGUUUUGUGCAUUUCUUACCUUCUUUCUUUUCUAGUAUUCCUAUGAAAGACAAAAUCUAUUCUAUAAGACAUAUAUAUAAAUAUAUAAAUAUAUAUAUGACUAGAAAAAUGAAUGAAGAUUCACUUUUAUGGCGAUGUUUAAUGAAAUAAUUCUUAAUGUAUGUUUCAGUAAAACUGCUUUCUCUUCAAGUGUAGAGACUUAUCGCAGGGAUGCAAGUAUAUUUGGUCUGUAAAGGAUAUCUUGUUGAAAUUUUAGACAAUGUAGAGUGAUGCGACUCAAUAAAACUGUAAAACUUAA